AUGGCUCGUGUGCGCCGCCUGCUGAGCCUGGCGUCGCUGGCGCUCGUGCUCUGCCACGCCCCCACGCCCGCCGCCGCCCGGCGCGGCCUGCGCCAGCAGACGAAGGGCGGCGCCGGCGGCCCCGCGUGCGGCGGCUCGCGGCAGGCUUGCUGCUGUGACAUUCGUGAUGUGGAGAACGAAGGCGACCGGUCCUGCUGCCCCUCCAAGGACCUCUUCUGCCACGACUAUCAGGCCUACCUGUCUGGGGCCUCCACUCCCAACGCCACCUCUCUGGGAACCUGUUCCAGGCUCGACACCGAGCAGUGCGGCAAGCCAGGCGGGCCGUGCAGCGAGGUCAGCAGGUGCCCCACCAGCUCGACCUGCGUCUCUGGCUUCUACUGCGCCGGCUCUCUGGACCCGGGAGAGGAGUACCCCAGCUGCCGGCCCGUGCCGCCCGCCUGCGGCCAGCUGGGAUCCAAGUGCUGCCCGCCAGAGGAGCGGCCCGCCGACCUGCCCGGCGCCAACUCCGGCACGGGCGCCUUCUGCUACGCCGCUGACGUGGUGUGCUCUGCCCCCAUGGGCUCCGUCGAGGCCUCAGAGUGCAUCAAGCUGCCGAGCGCAGACACCUGCGGCCAGCCGGGGAAGGAGUGCUGCCCCAGCUUCUACCGGACGUCAGUCGACAAGGAGGUGCCGCCCAUCUGCGCCAAAGGCGCCUACUGUGCGGACGGCAACAAGUGUAACCCCUCUGACUGCGGCAUGCUGGGCAAGCCCUGCUGCAUCGUCUCUUCGCCAUCGUCCACCAGCUUGUGGUGCCGUGAGCCGGGCGCCAAGUGCACCGGCCAGGACAGCUGGCCGGGGAAGUGCGCCGCCUGCUCCAAGCCUCCGACCCAGGAUGAGGAGUGGGAGUGCACCCACCCCUUGGCCAAGGAUUUUUCCGAGCCGUCCGUCUAG